AUGUUGCACUUCCUCGGUCACCGCGUCACACUCGUGUCUUCCAUAAACCGGAUUCUUAAGAAGAUUCAUCUAGAUGUGGACAUGGUGGGCAGUUCAUAUCCAAAUGUAAAACGCAGUUACACAGAGGAACAAGAGGAACAAGCUCAGACAAAUCAGCAACAACUGAACACGAAUCUGCGAAGCACCUGUCAUCGCAGCAGAACAGCUUUCACCACAGAUCAGUGCGAGAGGUUAGAGAAAGAGUUCAUCCGUGGGCUUUAUCCAGACCUGCUUACCAGAGAAAAGCUGUCUGAGGAGACAAACCUUCCACAGAACACUAUAAAGGUUUGGUUCUCCAAUCGCAGAGCGAGGAUGAGGAGGGAACAAAAUGAAGAACAAAGUGACUGUGGAUCACUGGGUGUAACUAGGCCGGGGUUUCUGGGAAGCAGGAAUGCUUUGAUUUCGUUGUCAGCAACAUCUGGCAGCUCAUUGGACGGUUACAUGGCUCAUCACUCACAAUCCGCUUUUCCACUGACCCAUCACAGAGACAAGAGCACUUUCCCAUUGGCUCAUUUGAAUUUAAAUGCAGCGUCAACAUGUCAAUUGGAUCACACAGAGAGUUUGAUGCCACCAUGCAAACAUGGUAAUGAGGAAUCAGUUUACCGAUUUGUUCCCUUUAUCACAGAUGAAAGGAUCUUAAUGGCUGAUCAUUCACAGUGGGCUUCUCAUCAAACUCUGAUUGGACAGAAUGUUUCAAUGUUUUGAAUUCCAAAAUAGAACAUUCAUGAACAUUGAUGUUGUGGACAGUAG